AUGGGCCUCUCUCUACUUGCAACUGCUUGGACUUUCUUCUGUGUCAGUGGAAGUGUCUUCAACCCAAAUGUGGCCAUUGCACUUACUUAUCAACAACUUGAGUCAUGGAUCAUCAAACUAAUCCUUUUGUUAUUCCAAAAAUCACAGGUUCUUGGUGGUAUAGUCGCUUCAGCACUACUUAACGCUGCUCUUCCUGGAAAAUUGGCCGUGGAUUGUACACUUGGACCCGGUGUAACUCCCGCUCAAGCCAUCAUUGUGGAAGGCUUCUUGACAACAGCUUUGACAUUAACUGUCCUGCUGGUAGAUGUUGAAAAGCAUUGGUCUACUCCAUUUGCACCAUGUGCCAUCGGAUUGGUACUUUUUGCUACUCAUUUUUUUGGGGUAGUAUUCACUGGAGCUGCCCUAAACUCUGCCAGAGCAUUUGGUCCCGCACUGGUGAUCAAUUCAUCAUCUGACACAUUGGUAUAUUCAAUUUAUUGGGUAGGACCCUCAGUUGGUGCAUUGGUUGCGACUGCUCUUUACCAUCUGUAA